AUGGUUCGAACUUCAGAUUCUAGUUCUUUAACUGCAACGAAUAUGGAUAGAGAUUUGGAAGAACAGAAAAAUGUCCAAAAAAAGGCUAGACAUUGGGAGUUGGUUUUCGACCAGAUACAUGUCACGCCCGAAGUACUCAAUUACCCUUACAGAGGAUCUGGGACAGAACAGGAUCCUUAUGUGGUAGAGUUCAUUCCAGGCGAUCGCAGAAAUCCAUUGAAUUUUACCAUGUUGAAGAAAUGGACUAUCACUUUACUUCUUGCCUUUGCAACCUUGGCAGUUUCUUUUGUGUCCUCGGCAUAUACAGGCGGGGUUAAACAGAUCAUUGAGGAGUUUAACGUCAGCACGGAAGUUGUCACUUUAGGAGUCUCGCUUUUCGUCUUGGGUUUUGCGAUCGGGCCGCUUAUGUGGGCUCCCUUGUCAGAAUUAUAUGGUCGACAGGUUCUCUUCUUUGGCACUUAUGCUAUGCUUACUGUUUUCAAUGCUGGGGCUGCUGGAGCAAAAAAUAUACAAACACUCUUGAUCAUGCGAUUCCUCGCAGGCGCUUUUGGUAGUUCUCCUCUUACCAAUGCCGGUGGAGUUAUUGCCGACAUGUUCUCUGCUUCUCAUCGAGGAAUUGCUAUGAGUAUCUUUGCUGCAGCACCAUUCCUAGGCCCUGUUAUUGGACCAAUUGUAGGCGGCUUCUUGGGAGAAACAGAAGGUUGGAGAUGGGUCGAAGGACUCAUGGCCAUCUUCACCGGAGCACUCUGGAUUAUUGGCACACUCACCAUCCCCGAAACUUAUUCCCCAGUCAUCCUUCGUCGCCGAGCAAACAAGAUGUCCUCCAUGACGGGAAAAGUUUACAAAUCCAGGAUAGAAGUUGACAACGGCUCUAAAUCUUUAUCAGCAGAAUUCAAAACGGCACUCUCAAGACCUUGGAUUUUGUUGUUUACAGAACCUAUCGUGUUCUUGUUAAGUUUGUACAUGGCAAUCAUAUACGGAACUUUAUACAUGAUGUUUGGAGCAUUCCCAAUUGUGUACCAAACUGGACGCGGAUGGAGUGCUGGUAUUGGUGGAUUGGCUUUCUGUGGUGUUGCAGUCGGGAUGAUGAUUGCAGUUCUUUACUCAGUGUGGGACAAUAAACGAUAUAACGCUACAGCUGCCAAGCAUAACAAUGCUGCUCCACCUGAAGCUCGACUUCCACCUGCCCUCAUCGGAAGUAUCUGCUUGCCUGUUGGUCUCUUUUGGUUCGCAUGGACAAAUUCUCCAAGCGUACAUUGGAUUGUCAGUAUCAUAGGCACUGCUCCCUUUGGAUGUGGGAUGGUAUUGGUGUUCUUGAGUGUCAUGAAUUAUUUGAUUGAUGCGUAUGUUCUUUACGCCGCUUCCGUUUUGGCGGCCAGCAGUGUUCUUCGUUCCUUGUUUGGUACGGCGUUUCCACUCUUCACUUCUUAUAUGUACCAAAAUCUCGGCAUUCAUUGGGCAAGUUCAAUUCCAGCUUUCCUCGCAUUAGCCUGCGUACCAUUUCCAUUCCUCUUUUACAAGUAUGGAGCAUCUAUUCGAAUGAAAUGCAAGUUCGCGGCGGAAGCGGCACGUGUAUUGGCGGAGAUAAGGGGAGCUUCUUCAAAUGAAGAUGAGGCGGAGCAGACAAUAGAGGAUAUGGAGGAACGGGAGGCGAGAAGGUUAAAUGCCCAUGAGGAGAGUGAGAAGAAUGAAGCUGUUUAA